AGUUGCUCCGAAAUGGAUAUAUGAGAAGAUGGCGAAAUCCACUGAAUUUUCAGUGCUUGAGGAACAGCAACGAGAGAGCUCAGGAAAUGGCAGCUAAAAGCCAGGCCACAGUGAAAGAGAAAGUGGGAAAAAAGUUGAAGGAUUUCAAGGUAUUCAGGUGGAACCCAGAAAAACCGGAGAGGCCAUACCUUCAGUCUUUCCAUUUGGACCUCAACCAAUGUGGCCCCAUGGUUCUGGAUGCCCUUCAAAUGAUAAAAGCAGAGGAAGACUCGACUUUAUGUUUUAUGAGAUCCUGUGGGGAAGGAGUAUGUGGCUCGUGCUCCAUGAACAUUGAUGGGACCAACACUGUGGCAUGUCUAAGGCCCAUUGAUGCCAAUACUACUAAACCCACCAUCGUAACCCCAUUGCCUCACAUGUUUGUUAUGAAAGACCUAGUUGUUGAUCUCACCAAUUUCUACAACCAAUACAAGUUUGUUGAGCCCUGGUUAAAAGCAAAAAAACCACCACCGGAUGGGCUAGAGUACAGGCAAUCUCCUGAAGAGAGAAAGAAGCUAGAUGGGCUAUAUGAAUGCAUCCUUUGUGCUUGUUGUAGUGCCUCUUGCCCUGCCUAUUGGUGGAACCCUGAAGAGUUCCUUGGACCUGCCACUUUAUUGCAGGCCUAUCGAUGGAUUUCGGACAUAGACUUUAAGCUUUGACAGAAUCAGAGAAGAAGCUUUACAGGUGCAGGACCAUCAUGAAUUGCACUAAAACUUGCCCCAAGAGCCUUAAUCCUGCACGAGCCAUCUCUAUGAUGAGGAAGAAACAUCUCCUUUCCCUGCCCACUGAGAAACCUCAUUUUAAGUGACUGUUUCUUAUCAUCACUGUUGCAUUUGACCAAAGCUUUUGAAAUGCCUUGGGAAAGAAGUUUCUUUAUUGUAUAGUUGUUGGACUUCUACUUUAUAUUAUGAUACUGGCAUUGUGAAAGGAGACGACAGUUUGUUUUGUA